CUCCGUCUAUCCCCCCAACCUCCCCACACAUAUACCUAUUAUCCUCCGGAGCUUCUGGAGGUGAAGCAUCGUCUCCAUGGCUGAUCGUUACUCUUUCUCUCUGACCACUUUCUCCCCCAGUGGAAAGCUGGUCCAAAUCGAAUAUGCUCUGAACGCCGUCAACCAGGGUGUAACGGCCCUUGGCAUCAAAGCUACCAACGGAAUCGUCCUCGCCACUGAGAAGAAGUCGUCGUCGCCUCUGAUCGACCCCCCCUCGCUCUCCAAGAUCUCCCUGAUCACGCCCGACAUCGGCAUGGUCUACGCCGGCAUGGGCCCGGACUACCGGGUGCUCGUCGACAAGGCCCGCAAGGUCUCGCACACCGGCUACAAGCGCAUCUACAACGAAUACCCGCCCACCCGUAUAUUAGUGCAGGACGUUGCCCGCGUCGUACAGGAGGCGACGCAGUCCGGGGGUGUCCGACCGUACGGCGUCAGCCUGCUGAUCGCGGGCUGGGACGAGGGCAUCGAGCCCGAGGCCGGCGACGCCCAGCGCGGCGACGAGGGGGAGGGCGAGCCCAAGAGGGCCACCGGCAAGACGGGCGGCAUCCUGAAGGGCGGCCCGAGUCUGUACCAGGUCGACCCCAGCGGCAGUUACUACCCGUGGAAGGCCACGGCCAUCGGCAAGCACGCCACCAGCGCCAAGACCUUCCUCGAGAAGCGCUACACCGAGGGCCUGGAGCUCGAGGAUGCCAUUCACAUUGCCCUCCUGACUCUGAAGGAGACCAUUGAGGGCGAGAUGAACGGGGACACGAUAGAGAUUGGUAUUGUUGGACCUCCGGCCGAUCACUUGCUGGGCUUUGAGGGCGUCGAGGGCGCCCGGGGACCCCGGUUCAGGAAGUUGACCAAAGAGGAGAUCGAGGACUAUCUGACCAACCUAUAAACUGCUCCGCCUUGUUACACGUUAUUGGCGGGACCUUAUAGCAUAAUAGACAUCUAUCAAGUCUGCCAAGGUUUCCACAAGAUGAUCCUUCUUAAGAACAAUGAACAAGGGUGACAGCCGGAAGACCCUGGGACAACGCAAGUGAUGAAAUGUAUGGGGCGUGUGUCGACAUCGCCAAGUAAUGCCGCCAUCUGGGAAAAAGAAUACCUAGUACUAAACUAGCCAAUGAACGUG